AAGUUUGUGCACAUCCAUAACAAGAAACUGUCGUUAUUGUAUAAAGCAAAAAGAAAAUUCUUUGAUGGCAUCCAACACCAAUCUAGAGCGGUCAGAGCCGUGUGGCGCCAGACAGAACCCUAAACAAUCCACUUCGAAAGGUUAUACUCUAAAUUCAACAUUUCUCAACCUGAAGAGUUCUAGCUUGCGUGGUGUGCCAUUCCCAAAUAUUUUCAAUUGGUUGAAAGUCAAACGCCACGAUGAUAAUCUGGGACCAUACUGGCGUGUUCAUAAUAAACUUUACGAUUUAAACGAUUUCAUCGUAAAACAUCCGGGCGGCGCUGACUGGUUACAAUUUACUAAAGGUAUCGAUAUCACUGAAGCAUUUGAGGCGUCACACAUCCGCAGCUUUCCAAAAGUGCAACACAUUCUGGCCAAGUAUUAUGUCAAAGACAUCGAAUCACCACGAAAUAGCCCGUACACGUUCGAUGAUAAUGGCUUUUACCGAACGUUGAAACGCCGAGCUGACCCAAUUUUGCAAAAGGUGGGAUCCGGAUCCUCUCCCAAGAUUCUUAUGAUUCAAGACAGUUUGGCUAUUUCAUACAUAAUUCUCGCAUCGUUGGGCAUUGCAACAUCUAGCAGAAGUCUACAAAUACUAGCCGGCAUUGCGCUUGGAAUGUGUAGCAUUGGAGGACAUAAUUUCCUGCACAAGGCAGAUAAUUGGCGACAAUAUUACCUUGAUUUGUGUCCCUUAUCAUCGUUUGAAUUUCGCAUAACACAUGCAUUCAGUCACCAUCUCUAUCCGAAUACAGUUCUUGAUUUUGAAGUUCUAAUCGCUGAACCAUUAAUAAAAUGGUUGCCAAAUCCUACCAAAAAUGUCGUACAGAAAUAUCUUGCUCCUUGCUACUUCUAUUUUCUGUAUUCCAUUUUUAUGUUAACACAACUUAUUGGUCGUAUAAUUUCACUGGCAAACGGUCGGCAAAAACUGAGAUGGGAAAAUUUGAUAAUAUUUCUCGAGCUAGGCGCAAUUCUGACAUUUGCACCCACAAUUUGGAUGGGACUAACCUCCUUUCUAUUAAUUGUUAUGACGGCAUCUUUCUGGUUCGUAUUCGUUGGCUUCGCCCAUCAUCAUCCGAACACUUUUCAUGACGGAGAUGAACCUCGACCGGAACCAGAUUUCGGACUCUGUCAACUGGAUGCAACCAUGGGCAAAACAGAUUGGUUUCAUAAGCCGUUAAUAUCAGUGUUGGUAACAUUUGGUGAACAUCCCUUUCAUCAUUUGUUCCCAACGGUGUGUCAUUCAAAAUUGGAAUAUCUUAAGCCGACGGUUUACCAAACGUUGCAGGAAUUUGGAGAAGAUUUACCGAAAGCAUCACAGUUGGAACUCUUUCUCGGCGCUCAAGUGCAAAUGGGUCGAACGGAAGGAACUACCUGGAAAAGCAGGAAAAUCAAUAGGAAAUUGAUGAUUGGUUGAAUAUAUCAAGUUUUUCAAAUCGACUGAGUUUCUGGAAAUAAACUAUUCAAAAUUGAAA